CGUUUGAAUAUUAAAGCACUCAGAAAACGCGUGUACGCUAUGUCAGAAUAAAAGUCCCUUUCAGAAACAAUGGCCAGUCGACCUACAUGGCUUGAAGAGCAGAAGAGCCGUCUCAAUGAUGGCGUGCGAUCCCUUGAACGCGUUACAGAUGAAGUCAUCCAAAGUUUCGCGGCAGAGCUGAAAGGAAGAGAAGAAACUCUUCUAAAUGAUAUGAAAAAGGGUGAUGAACAACGUCAAAUACUUUCCGAUCGUCUGAAUGAAGAGAUUGCAAAGAACAGAAAACUUGAAGCUCAAAACGGCCGGCUACGCCGUCAUAUCACUGAUGUUGAUCCCGACUUCUUGUUGGCAACGACUGAGGAUGAUAGUGAUGUCACGGGACCCAUACAGUCAAUCGCGGAAGAACGCCUCGUCGACAAGUACAACAAUCUUCAUCAAUUGUACCAGGAGAAUAUGCAGAGGCUCAAGUAUCUCGAAAGGAAGAAUGUAGCCGUCAUGCAGAAGAAUAGGGAGAUGAAAGAGAGUGUUCGCGCAUGGCAGCAGUACAGCGAGCGCCACCACGAUAAGCAACGUCGGAAGAGUCUAGAGGAGACUAAGAUCAAGAGAUCGGCAUCAGAAAUUCGAGAUUCUGAGAACAAUCUGGACGCAAUACGUACGAAGACUGGUCCCUCCGAGAACGGCACAAAUCAGCAAAACAUUCGGCCAAAGCCAUCAUCCCCUAUCUCAGCGAACAAUCCCCCCGGUGCAGAUCUUUCAGAAACACCGGAGUGCGCACUAAGAAGUCAUUCGCAGUUUCAAGGCGAUGGUUUUGGCCCAUUACCGUCGAGCCCGUCGGCUCCUUUCGAGGAGCAACUUGACCAGAAUCCUGUCGAACCACUGUUGCAUGAUACUGGAAUGAUGGAUGCGACCGAUCGACGUACUAUGGGAUUUAUUGAGGAACGCUGUACUAGGAUCAGCUCGAGCCAGACGACCGAAGAUGAUAUCGCCGCUGAUCAUCGAAUAGAGGUUUCCCGACCAAUGCUAGAGGAUGAUGAUGACCUGCCACAAGUUGUUUCGGAAAGAUCAUUAAAACGAAAAAGGGCCCCAAUAGCCAAUACAGAUGAACCGUACGGAAAGUGCGCUUCUGACGGCUCCAUGAAACGACCUCAUAAGAUCAAAGAAGAGCCACGGAGCAGUCCGCCCUUACCAGACUUGACGCACAUAUUGACGCGAAACGAAACCCUUGAUCUCGACGUACCUGGGCCAACAGUAAUUGCCACACCUCACCACAGACAAAAAUUUCAAGUUGGUGCUAUAGCGGGAUUGCAUUCCCAACGAUCUUCAAGUGUACCAUUGAUCAAAGAAGAGGAUACGGGUACCAGAACUACAGGAAUUGUACCUCAAGCUCGAACCGGCCCUAGGCGAAUUGAUAAUGAUGGUGCUUCUGGGAGGGGGCAUAGUGAGCCUUCGCAAGUUGCACCGAUGGCAUCGCGAGCGCUCAGAACCUUAGACCCAAACGCUCGCAACAGCCCGGUGGUGGAGAAAGAUUUCAAGCGGCGCAAGAGCGACCAGCGAGCUCGCGAUAAUGAGCGAUACCGUAUCUUAGCAGAAUCCGGAACUGAGCGUUUGCCUGGAAAUGAAAACAACGAACGACUCACCCCAAGCAUGGCCAGAGCAAGAUUCAACAAUAGGAUGAAGAAUCUUCGAACACCUUCGAAGGGAGCAAAUAAUUCGCUGGACUCACCCGUGUCUAGAGUCACUGGAACAUACACAGAACAAUUACCGACACCGCCAUCAACAUUAUCGCGAGGAGGGAAUAGAAACGAGUUGACUCCAGCUUCUCGAACAGGACUAGGAUCAGCUGCGAGACCAACUGGUCCGUCCGUUUGGCCUACACCCCGCAACGGUUUCGCGCCGCGGACCACAGCUCAGUCUCCAUUACGCACCAAAGCGUUGAGUGAGUUGAAACUAUCCGAUUUCAAGGCGAAUCCCACAUACAACCAAGGCUACAGUUACCCAUUCACCGAGACUGUGCGAAACCGUGCGGACCGUGCCUGUCUCUCAGGUUGCACCAGGCCCGAAUGCUGUGGUUCCGCUUUUCGCAUAAUGGCCGAGGCAGCACCUCCGUUAUCGUCUUCCCAGGAAGAAGAUUUGCUGAGAGACAAUCUUGGAGACGCUUAUGACGAUACGCGAUUGACUCAAAUGUCUGCUGAAGAACGCAGAGAGUUAGUUCUCCAGGCAAGAACUCGACAAAUGGCAAACAAGCAUGGCAAGCAUCGUCAAGCAUAUGAGAGACCAAAAUCACCGCCUGGGUUUUGGAGGAUCGAUUUCCCAACGACGCAAGAAGAAAUAGAAGACAGAGAAAGGGCAGUGCAAAUGGAGCGAGAGCAGAUCCAGGAGCGACGAGCAGAAGCAAUGAGGAAGGGUGGGAAGUGGAUAUUCAGAGAUGAAUGAUGCCCUCGCACUUAGCAUUUACGAGGUGUUUCUACAUCUUCGUAAGCGUAGUACUAUUCCACACCAUUAUUAUCUACUCGCUGGCUUCAAAUGUAUCGUGAC